AGGUGGCCUCGCUUUGCAAUGUUCAUGUCGGGAUAGAUAUGUGGACUGUAGCCUUCGGAAUCUUUCGUCUGUUCCGUCAUUUCCUGCAGAUAUUAAUUUUGCCAUGUCAUAUGACUACCUCGACCUUUCCUAUAAUCGAAUUUUGAAUAUCCAGUCUUACCAAUUUAGAGGUACCCAUUUCAAAGAAAUUUACCUUCAAGGCAACAAUUUGCAGAAUAUUUCUUUAGGGGCCUUUGAAGAUGUAGAAAACACUCUUUUGCUGCUUGAUUUGAGCAACAACAAACUCAGAAAUUUGCCACCAUCAUUAGCGGAUUUACAUUCAUUAGAAACGUUAGAUAUUACCCACAAUCCUUUGACACGUGGUACAGAUUAUACAGAGAGCGUGAUGCGCGCGCUUGGAGAUACCCUUACUGACCUCAAAAUCGGAAGUGAAACUCUUACAUCAUGGCCAACUUCACUGCACCAUCUACCGAUACUUAACAGACUUACAGUCGCCAGUCUUAGUCGUUUUAUUCGAGACAUUGGUGCUGAAAGUUUUCAUGGAUUUGAAACCACGCUUCAAUAUUUAAACAUUAAAAACACUUAUCUGCUAGCAGUGCCUAUUGCAAUCAGCAAACUAAAAAAUUUGAAGGAGCUACACUUUGACCAAAACCCUUACGUGACAGACAGGGGGGUUUUGAUACAGGCUUUCCCGUUAAAUUCCCCUUACUUGCAGACUUUGUCAUUAAAUAGGGAUUCUCUAACAGAAUUUCCCAGAGUAUUGAGAUACCUUCCAGCAUUGAAAAAUUUCAGUCUGGAUGAUAAAAACUUGAGAUAUCUUAGUGAUCUGAAUAUCGGGGAUUUAAGAACUGUAACAAAUUUAACUCUUAGGAACUGUUCGCUUUUGCGUGUUCCUGCAGCACUUUCUCAAAUUCGGUAUUUGAAAGUCCUAGAUUUAUCCCUCAAUGGAAUUGUAACUAUUGACACAAAUGACAUGAAGGAUCUUCGAUACUUAGAAGCCUUCAUUAUACGGAAUUCAUCUUUAAAAUACAUUUCUGAGAAUGCGUUUGGCAGAGUACCAAGGUUGAAGACUUUGGAUUUCAGAUCUACACAUCUGACGUCAGUGCCUAAGGCAAUCAACACAGUCUGGCCAUGUUUAGAAAAAGUACUUCUUGAUGAGAACAAAGUGGAUUGUAUGUGCGAGACACUCGUAUGGCUUAGAGAAAAGAGAGACACGUGUGUUAGUGAUGCAUUUCCAAUGAAAAUUGAAGGUCAUUGUGAUACAAUUCAUGACACGAUAGAGCAUUACAUAGAAGAAUACAUCCCAAGAUGUCCCGAGUAUAAAGAACUGCAUAACAUUCCACCAUAUAACCGUACAGCAUAGCCAGCAUUUGCUUCUUUAAAAUAAUUC